GGCGACGGUUCUAGACCUUGUUGGAGUGAGGCGUGGGGGGAUUGCGAUCAAUUGAGUAGUGCUCGGGCUUUGCGUGGCAUUCACGUUGGGUUUGUGUGUUUGAUUAGGUCUCCGGAACUGUGUCGGAGUUUGGGUUUGAUGAGGAACUUAGAGUCGGUGAACCUCGCUGAGUAGAGCCUUCGCUUCCAGACUUGUGAAGCACCUUUCGUUUAAUUCGAGCAGUUGUAUCGAUGACAGACGAGAUUUUGCAAUGGAAGUUAUAUCAAUAUCAAGCAUGAGUAUCAUCGUGGAGUUACGAGAGUGAGGGGAGCGUGUUACGUACCACAGAAGCAUGAAAAAAUUUCAGGUCUACAAGAGGGUCGCCAUGAGCCUUUGAUGGAACUGGAGGCUUCUUCUGUUGUUCAAUUCAUGUCUCAUUCCGCUCGUGACGAUAACGAAAAUGUCAUGACAGAGAAAUGCAGAGAACCAGCUUUCACUCAUUAUGAUUCUAAGAGUCACUUUUCCAGCGCCGAGGGACUUGACGAUCAGGAUGAUAGGUACCGAGUGUCUGGCAGUGUCGUUUCUGAUGAAUUCUUGAUCUCGUGCUCGGGAGGACAUUCGACAAAUGGUGAUUCUUCAAGAUGUUCAUCGAGCAUCUUAAUCUCUGAUCCUUCCUCCGUGCCCAACAACGACGUAGGAACUUCUAGUUCCAAUGAACACGGAAGGAAUACACGGAUUGGUCCUUCUAAUGCACAGGAUGAAGGGCCUUCUCUCCCUAGUCCGCACCUCAUUUCUCAAGACACAAGGAGCUCGCAUGAAAAGUCGAUUUCAGAAGUUCAUUUUCACGAGAAUCCCGGAGAUCGGCUCAUUUCCCACUCAAGUCAUUUUCCAGGAGAAGAAUCGUACAUGGAUUCAUCUUCUCAUCGACAGCCACGGAUAUGGGACUCUUCAACGGUGUCCGUCGAAGUAAUAGUUAUCGCGCCGAAGUGGAUCGAAGUGGAAAUUGACGUACACGGGAUGCAGGAAUUUGAACGCGGCAAAGCUGGGUUCUCGUUAGGCAAGGGAAAAGACAGCAAAUUACGUGCCUGGAUCUGCCGGGCGCAAAUGUCACUUUUUCCUGGUGAAAAGAUAAUGGCUACCUAUAAAACUUGGAGUGAAGGGAAAGAUCGUCUGGGCUCUGUCGUGGCGGACCUCUUCAACUCUAUGAACCUCCAACUUGAACCUGAAGUGGCUGAAACAAAGAACGAAGUUCAAUUGUCGAAUCUCGGACUCCACAUUGAUGUAUGUGACAAUGCAGGACGAAAAAAAAAUUCACAGGAUUACACUUUGGCUGAGUGGUUAGCUGUACUGAGGGCGUUAACAGAAUGCGUCAGUGAAGACAAUUUACAAAUAGUCUUCACCGAAUAUUUUUAUAAACGGCCCAACGUAUCGGCAAUGAUGGCACUUCACAAGCGACAUCCUUCGGAAUCCUUGAAAAUCGUUGUCAACUGGGCGUCAGACAUACAAGAAGUAUUUUUCAAGGAUUUCGGCUCUAAGUCGCGAGGAGAACCUUCUGAGAAACUGGUCGCGAAGCAGGGACUUGUCGGUGUCGCUCUUCUCGAACUUUUGGUUGAAGUGGGUUCCAAAAAUUUGGAUCUUGCCAAAGCUUGCCUCAAAGCUCUUAAAUCAUUAAAUGUUUUCUUCCGAGUUAUUAGAAUUGAUUCCCCCGUUCUCCGACAGGAACUAUUGCGAAACGUUUUGCAAGAAACCAUUGCACAGCUUGUCAGCUGCGUCUCUCCAUUCUCAUUUAAAUGGGUGCGGUACGUGGACAUGUUGGCAUUUUUUGAUCCCACUUUGAACUUUGUGAACGGAUGGGAGACUUUCAGGUUUGGAGAACAGAUGGAUCGUGAGGUUAAUGAAGCGAGAGAGAGAUACAAAGAGGUGAUAUGGAAAUUCUACGGAAGUAACAUCUGUAAAUCGUCGGAAGAAAGAUUAGCUGUUGUAGCAAGUGCUCUGCAGGCAGCUCCUACAAUUCAAGAUUUCUUUCACGCAGCUGUUAUAUUUAGAUCAAAGGAAGUAGGAUGGUUGUUUUCUGAGAACUCCAACGAUUCUGUUGCUGUGCACCUGAUGGAGGAGGCCCUUCACAAGUGUUUCGCCAAAAUCAUCGAGCAGCAUGAGAACCCAGUCAGUAGAAAACUAAGGAUACAGCGACAGUUUGAGCUUGCAUUGAAUGUGGACCAUAGAAUGGUAAUGGAGCGCUAUCUCUUUCUGGCUCCAAGUUUCCGGGACCAUCUUGUUGAGUUAUUUCAGCACAUUCUCUAUCUUGAAGAUCAAUCUCAAGGAACUUCAAUGUCAAUGAAGGGUUCUCUGUCCUUCUUGAAGCCUUGGGGCAAGGAUGAAAAAGAACUAAAUGAGGCAAUCUUAAACCUAGUCAUGUCUCCUCAUGCUUUCAUCACUCCGCUGCGGUCGUGUGAAGUGCGCUUAAUAACGGCUCUCUCCACAGCGAUCAGUCCCAAAGUGUAUUCACAGGGGAGAACUGUAAUGAUAUUUCUCAUUAAUCGAGAGAUAUCGUACAUCGAGUACCAUGAAGUUUUGAAAGUUUGGUUACAAGGUGCUGCCAGAAGAAUAAUUAGCAGUGGAGGGUUUGACGUCUCAGUCUACCUUCCUCCCCAUUCUUUUCUGGAAGCUUUGGAGGAACUCCUCGUUGCAGGUGUUGAAUCAUCUCUUGUCUCCUCCUUGACACGUAUGGCUAUUUCCAUGGCCGUAGACGAAUGCCCCAAUCUACAUGCAUUCCUCCAAGACUCGAAGAAGGUUACUCUUUUUCAAUCUAAUGUAGUGGAAGAUCACUACCUAGGUGCAGCUGGUUGUAUGAUGGAGGAUGUGUUUGUUGCGUUCAAAACGAGGAGCCAAUUGGAUGAGGAGGCUAGUGCUUCCUUUCGAGCUAUUUGUCAAGAGACCAACCGCAACACGUUUCAAUUUCAAAAUUUCAUAGGAGAGCGUUUAUGUGUCAUGCUUUUAGACACUGUCAUGAAGGUGAAAGGUGACCUGCAACAUGAAUUGCACCUUCGACCCAUCGAGACUAUUGCAGAGUACAAGUUUGCCACUCUACUGAUGCAGAUUGAGAAGUGCCCUCAGUGUAUCACAUCCCAUGUGCUAUAUAAGGAUAUCCACAAGGCAUUUGUAAGUCUUGGUGGCUCAUUACAUUCGGAAAGCGUGAGCUUGCGGUACAUCAAAUUGGGUUCAACCACGAAAGAUUGGGAGAAGAUAUUUCACAUCCUCGAUAACACAUCUUUUGUGGUUGCUUUAGAGAAAGCUUACAAAGAUCUUCAAAUCUACGAGAAGCGAUUGGAUGGAUACAAGGUGCUACUUUACAAUAUAUGCCUAUUUCUUGGUGAUAACAAUAUUGCGGUCGAGGGUCAUGAAGAAUGGAGGAAUUGGUUAGCAAGGCGGUGCUCGGAGUGGAAGAAUUUCACCAUGGGCGAAAUCCAUUCGGCCCCAGAUCACUGGCCUAGCGAGCACGAGGCAUUUUUUAGUUACGUUGACUCUAUCAUAACCUUGAACACUUCCAGAAUUCUUUUGAACGUCCUUCUGGAGUCGGUGCAAAUCCGUGGAAGUGACAACGAUGAGCUCAUCAAAAAGAUUCCGGCCACGGAUUCAAAGCUUGAAAUGAGUUUAGAAAUACCGUUGUCUACGAUUGCGUCUAUCAUUAUCCCUGAGGCAGUGCAUCAAUACGAGGAUGAUAUGAGAUUAUUUGCAGCGAUUGAUGUCAACCUCGACAAGAUCCAAAUGGGACGAGUGUGCACCUUGUGGAAUGGGAUACUUCCGAAUGCUGUUGAGACCGAGUUUAAGUUAUCAUGCAAACAAUUGGGUUUGAACUCCAUGAAGAUGCGCAACGUCUCGAAGUAUUUUUACAACAUAGAGACAAACAUUGCGAUUUAUCUUCAGACAUGGAAAAGAGUGACUGUUCUUCGAGAACUGCAUUCAAUCUUACCUCGAGUAGCAAGUGUUUUUGAGAUGAGUGAGAACUGUGAUGGCCUUGUUCUUCGUAUUAGGAAAGUCAUUACUGAAUGCAUACCACAGUGUUCUCUCCAUCACUUUCAAGAAGUGCUUGAAAAUGGUGGGCAAAAUGUUUUAUCCAUCUUUUCCACGUCGGAAGUGGACACCUUGAAGGAGCUCACCAACACCGGGGGGUUGAUAGCGUUCCUAAGACAAACUGUUCAGGAGGAUCUUCGACAUUUACUCGAUGCUGUUGAGGAUCCCACUGCUAUGCGAAGCUGGGAAGGCCUCAUCAACGAUCUAAUUGAUCUUCAGAGAGUAUUUCGUCCAAUUUUGAGUCGACCCAGCUCAACGACAAGCUUCGAGGAUUUACGUGCAGCCAUUUUAGGAGAGCUCAAUUCGUCUAGCUCGAGCUCCAACCAUCUUUGUCGAAAGCUGAAGGCUUGUAACGAAGAGGCUAAAACUUUACGUCAGUACUUCGAUGGAGUGGCUAAUCGGACACAUAAAGACAAGGAUCAAAUAGCCGACAUCUUAACUUUUGGAAAGUAUCAUUUCCUUUUAAACGAAGAUGGAUGUUUCUUGGAACUCAAAUGUGGCAAUGAGGGUGAAUCAUCGAAGUCGACUGUCACGACAAAUGUCGCUUACAGCUCAUUGGGAGCGGUGUCAUUCAAUCUGACGCAGUUACAAGAGCUUCGUAGCCGCGCGCGGUGGACCGUCAGUUCAAAUACCUUCACCAAAAAGUCCAAGACCGCAGAAUCUUACGGGGCAGAUUGGGCUGGAGCGGAUGCCGAAUCUAUUGACACUACUGACAAAAAUGCUCUCACAUUUAUCAGUCACAUUGAUGUUGCAGAGAAUCUUGUUGAAAUAUUAACAGAGCUUCACAAUUGUGGUCAUUUUUCGUACGCCACAUUUCAAAAGGUUGUGUCUGACUUUGCGAGUUUACAGAUUCUUAAUGAUCAACUAAAGUGUGAGCUUUCCACUUGGAAGGCAGCGUUGUUGAGGGCUCGAAAGGAUUUUCAGUGCCUCAACUUCUUUCGGUCAGUAGAAAUCCGGUUUAUUCUCGAGGUACUUAUGCUUCAGAAAACAGCGCCGUUUGGUGAAAAGCUGGAGCAUUGCUUGGAUUUGUUCAAGUGGACAAGGGUUUCUCUUGUACACUUAACAGGUUUUAAGGAGGAGGCUGCCAGUCGUGGUGUUCUCGAGAAUGUCUUCCGCAUUGCCAAAUUGAGACAUAUUGCUGAAGAAAGCUUGAUAUACAGCUGCUUGCGCGACUUCAGUUCUGUGAUAGAAUCGAUCAUAUUCCAGAGAAACCCAGAUGCUAAAGCUGCACGCAGUAAAUCCAGAAACUCUGAUGGGAUUAUAUUGGCUGAUGUCGAUGAUCCUCAAGAUGAACUGAAUGUGGUCGUAACUUUAUUUUCGGAACGGGAUCUUUACCUUCACGGGAGUGCAAGCAAUGUAAUUGUUUGUGAGUUUUCCACUGCUUGGGAGGAUCUUUACCUCCUCCUGCUGCGCUAUCUCAAUAAUGAAGAAUCGGAAUACAACUUCUACUGCGUUGUUUAUCUUGAAAGGCUGUCGUAUGAUUGCCAGGCACAGUUGCUGGCAAUGCUUGAGCAAAUCGCUCAGAGACGUCCAGUUGGUGAUAGUGAGUUAGCGUUGGUGUCUUGUUCUCGUAGCAAGUUCCUGCUCACCCUUUCCCAACGUCUGCAGAUUCAAGUCCGUCAUCCAGCAGCUGGAACAGCUGAUGCUAUUAAGAAAGAGAAAAAAUGGAUGUGGGUAAUUACCUCAGAUCUUCCUGGCAUGGGAAAAACAAGAUUUGUGCGGGAGUUUGCAGAAACAGAUCACCCGAACGACAGCAUCAGAACCCUUACAAUUUGCGGAGAACUUUCGCGCAACCAGUUGAUUCGACAACUGAAGAAACUGUUCAAUAUAGUUAAUCCUACACAAACUUCUUCUUUUAUUCUCCAUCUGGAUGUUUCAGUUGUUAGCAACCCGGAGACUUUGAAUGGUCUGCUAUUUGAGCUUCUAGUCCUGGGCUGCUUGAAGUCUGACCGAGCUGGUUUGUUUCACUUGGAGACCAGAAAGGUGGCCAUUGAAGUGGCAAACACAUAUCAUAAUUAUCUGGCAUCGAAACUCUCUGUUUGCAAAUGGUUCCGAACGGAGCACCUGGUUUGGAAUAUGGCACAAUUCCAACCUAGUAAGGAUUUAAAUAGUGAUGACCAGUAUGUUUGGAAUUACCUCGCUGCAAUGGAGGCUGGUAUUUUGGACAGAUGGAAUCCAGAUGGUAAAAGCAAUCGCAGUCAUCUUUCUCUCAUUGACAGUGGACUGGGUCAUGGGCUUCUGCAACGACAUUUUGUGGACUUCUUGAAGGACGAGCAAUCAAUUUCAUUUUCUUUAUUACAGACGUUUACAAAAUUCUUUGCUCAGCAGUUGCGGGAGUUUUCUGGGUGCCCUUUCUUUUAUCCAGAAAAUCUGGUCCUCAUGGGCGCCCAAUCAGAUACCCGCUCGGUUAUUGUUAGAUCUAUCCUUGAGGUUUCUCGUGAACUCUUAGCACGCUCAGUGAAACCUUGGCUUGAUGAACAGCAGGGGGUCACCAUGUCGGCCAGUGCAGAAGUCCUGAUGGCUGCUAGGAUGGAAAACAUGCAACGCUGGUCCGACAGCAAGCACGUAAUGAUAUUUUUUAAGUUAUCUUCACAACCUGCUAUUCUCUACAGGGAGCUAAGUCACGUUCCAACUGCUCUCGUGGAUUUAUUUCAGAAACAAAGAGCCAAGUUGACAAAUUACGAAUCACUGAGUUCUGAUCAGCUCUAUGAGAACCUUUGGUCCAUUUUGCACAAAACUCAACCGCCUGUAAGGGAUAAACACUACGUCCUCACUGCUGAUAAUUUUCUAAAAAUGGCCUUGAUCUUCACAAAGGUGAAAGCAGGCAUUCCGGUUGUUAUUAUGGGCGAGACGGGUUGUGGCAAAACAAGCCUGUUGCGUCAGUUGGCUGACUACUGCUGUGUUAUUUUCUUUAGCAUCACUCUGCAUGCAGGAACAUCCGAAGACGAGAUUCGGAGCUUUUUGAGCAAAGCUGAAAAGAAAUCUCAGAACCAUUUGGUUUGGGUGUUGCUAGAUGAGAUAAAUGCAUGCAACCAUCUCGGAUUCCUCGUUGGCGUAAUAUGUCACCAUCUUGUAGAUGGCAAACCACUUCACUGCAAUCUCAAGAUUGUAGCAGCGUGUAACCCUUAUCGGAAGCAUGAAUUUAAGAGACAACGAGCAGGCUUGUCUACACGUGAGAUGCUCAAAUCUAGAAAUUUGGAAUAUUUGGAGAAGGCAUACACGGUUCAUCCUCUACCAGAAGCACUUGUCGAGAAUGUACAGGACUUUGGCAUACUUAAUGUCAAAGAUGAACAAGCCUACAUCGAAGCCAUUGUGCUGAGGUUCACCAAGCUCAAAUUUGUGCCCUUCCCUUUUACGAAGCUUCUUGUGAUGUCCCAAGCAUUCGUGAGGGGAAAGUGUGGUGAAGCAAGUGUUAGCCUGCGGGAUGCAAGACGAUGUGUCGAUCUGUUUAAUUAUUUCAGUGAAGAUCUUGAGGGGCGACCGCAGUCGCUACCUACAGAAUGUAGGGCGAAAAGGGCUGCAUUAUUGUCAUUCGCCCACUGUUACUACUACCGCCUCGCAUCUGACGAAGAGCGGGCUGAGUACAAGGUGAAGUACAUCACGACUAUUAAUGGGAAUAAUUGGAGAAAGAGGUUUGCGCGGCGAUCUUACACUGAGAAGUUCGACAAAGAGUUGUUUGAGGAGCAGAUGAAUUUGUUAGAUCACAUGGAGAUUCCACCUGGAGUUGCUAAGAACCAGGCACUCCGAGAGAACAUUUUUGUCACCCUGACAUGCAUUUUGCUGAAGAUACCGCUAUUUGUGGUGGGAAAGCCUGGGUCUGGCAAGACGCUCUCGUUACAGCUUAUUUUCAGCAACUUGCGAGGAAGCGGGAUGAAAGACCCGUACUUCAGCGAGAAACCCACAAUGUUCAUGUUCUCUUAUCAAGGCUCCGAAAGUUCGACUUCUGAAGGCAUUCUUAAGGUCUUCGAAAAGGCACAUCGCUGUGUACAAGACAACAAGAAAAAGAAUGUGAAAGCAAUAGUUGUGGUAGUACUCGAUGAGGUUGGUCUUGCUGAAAUAUCAAGCAGCAAUCCCUUGAAGGUAUUGCACUCUCUCUUGGAGCCUGAAGGUGAACAGCGAGUUGCUGUCAUCGGUAUUAGCAACUGGUCCUUGGAUGCAGCGAAAAUGAACCGAGCCAUCCAUAUCUCACAACCCGACCCAUCCGUAAAUGAUCUUGUGGGCACAGCCGAGGCAAUUCUAGACAGCUAUGGGAUGCGUAGUCUCUUUGGCGUUGCCCAAAUGACAGAAAUGAAAUGGUUAGCCAAGGUCUAUCACGAAUACCAUGUUCGUCAGUCAAAGCCAGACUUCCACGGCCUUCGUGACUUUUACUCGCUCAUCAAGUCUCUGCGGGGUGAUGAAAAGAAUCCCAAGAAAUGGAGUCCCGAUUGCUUGAAACAAGCUGUGUGGAGGAACUUCGGAGGAUCUCUCAAUGACAUUCCCCUUCUCACAUCCAUCCUUUGUGAGUACUUCAAGCAUCGGCAAUUUGUACCUCCUCCUACAUUGGACUUGGUGAAAGCGAAUAUUGAAGACCAACAUGCUCGCCAUCUGAUGUUGAUUGGCAAUGGGGAGUCUUGCAUUGGGAUCAUAGAAACUAUGCUGCCGCUAAAGGAGAAGCUUAUCAUUAUACAAGGCAGCAAGUUCAAGAAUGACUACAAUGAUGAUUAUGCGUACAUGAUGCUGAGCAACAUAAUCCUGCACAUGGAACAUGGGAGGCACAUAGUGCUGAAGGGAGUCGAAAGAAUAUGGUCAUCGUUGUAUGACAUGCUGAACCAGCACUACAUAACAGUGGGAGGUCGCCAGAAUUGUCGUAUUGCAAUUGGGGCAUUUAGCAACCCAAUGUGUUAUGUGCACGAGAAUUUUCGCUGCAUCGCUGUCGUGGAUCAGGAUCAAGUGGAGAGUCUUGACCCACCAUUCUUGAAUCGAUUUGAGAAGCAAGUCUUGACCUGGGAGAGCGUGUUAUCACCAGAGCAAAGGGAAAAUGUAUUGUUCCUCAAGAAAUGGGUAAAAGCGAUGGCAUGCACAUCCGAAGGUGACAGUGAAAUUGAAGGAAUCUCUUUCUGCGAAAGUGACUUAUUUGCCGGUUAUUCCACUGAUACAUUAGCCUCCCUGAUAUUGCUAAAUUGGGACACAUACUCCAUAUCGGGAGGAACUUGUUUCCUUGAGAGGUGCAAAGAGGAAUUACUACAAACUGCAUACAUAGAUGGUAUGAUGCGAGCACACUACUCUAGGACAUGUCUACGGGAUGCUCCGGACGCGAAAACAUGGACCAAGCACUACUUUCAGGGGAUGAUAAAUCAAGAAUCUCUUGAAUACGCGGUUCGCCAGCAUGUUGGUGAUGAAACCUUAUGGUACAAUAGUUUAGGCUUUAAGUUAGUCGUCACGACGCGAUGCAACGUCCACACUAACAUUAGGUUGGUUUUGAAAGACCUCCAUUGCCUAAAGCAGUUGCAAAUAAUCAAGCUUGCUGAUUUCACGGCUGAGAGGCAGUUAGUAGCAGCCAUUCAAAGCUGGUCAAAGAGCGACAGUGAACUAUUGAUUGUACAAUCAGACACUAUUUUGGACAAAGACCACCUACCUCUAGCGAAGGUUCACGUUGAAAGGACACGAGCUGAUUUGUUCGCUCAGGCCCAGAGCCAUACCAGACCAAAACACGUGGUUUUUAUCUUGCACAGUCAUAGGGGAGAGCAAGAGAUAGCGUCAUCAUUUACUUUUUUAAGUGGAUGGAAGCAACUCACUCUUGACCUGCUACAUCAAGCGAAUACAGAAUACUGGCAAUACUUGGACAAGAGCAUUGCCGACCUAGUUCGAUCGGAGAGGUUCCGUGAAGGUAACAACCUUAUGGUCAAAGUUCUGACAUGGAGUUUUUUAUGCAUCAAGUAUCCCCGUGGGAAACAAUCCGCGAACUACUGUCUGGAAAUGGUUCAGAGAAUUUGCAAUGAUAAGCAUUUAUGCGAAUGCUUUGUUCAACGAGCACUGAUUUGGUUGGAUGCGGUCGCCAAGAAAGAACAGGAGAUAGGGAAGUUCUGGCAGACUUCAGUUGUUUGCAACCCAGGUCGAUUAGCUCUUGCAUUGAACCUGCACUCUGCGCUCAUAACGUACGUCGAGGAGAAGCUCCGGGAGCCUAUUGCGAGAUUGAUUUAUGUGUUGGAGAGUCACUCUGCCCUGGGGUCUUACUUCAACAUGACCGACGCCAGAAAAGACUUGUGGCGCUCGGUCUUCAUGGACCAGCAAAUGGUCAGUAUCGAAAAUGUUCCUGAGCCCAUGCACCCGGAAGGGUAUACAAUCAAGGAUCCCGUAAGCCUGUAUGUCCCCUUCAGCUCCUUGUAUGCCGAACAUAUAGACAAGCAAAUGCGGGAGGUCUUUCUCGCUCGUAUUUCGGGCAAGCAGGACAAAGAGGUUGUUUCUCUUGCAUUGAGUAUGACCAAGGACGUCACUGUGUCACUCUUAGAUAAUCCAAAAAUGCGGGAAAUAGAAGAAUGUAUCCAAGCAAGCCCAGAUGACUAUUGUCAUGAUUUUUGUAUGCUAUACGCUCCAUACCAGUCAAAGAUUCGCACUGCCCCGCAGGCAUUAGUGUUUGAAUGGCUGCUAAGGGGAAAAGCUCCUGAUCCCAAACCCUUGGUGCUCCAUGCGCUUCUUUGGACCAAGUUGGAGAAAUUAAAAACCCAAGCUCUUGUGGCCGGGUCAUGUUUCACUGAAAACGAGAUAUCAGAUGAGGUGGAACUGCUCAAGCGUGACAAAGUGUUCAAGGAGUACUUCGAUAACAAAUUUGCCUCAAAAUGUAUUUUGAAGAUGCUGCCGUCGGAGAAAGAAGUUAUUGAUAGGGCCGGAGGCUUACAACGUUGGCUAUACCAGCUCGAAGCUCUGAUCAGCCUGGUUCCUAGCAUUUAUAUUGAAGAGCCAACGCACGUGUCCAUCAUGUUGAUGCUUCGCGUGGUGCGGGAUUUCGCGAAGUUGAUCAUUUUGCCAUUAUCUGUUGCUUCCGAACACCUAUGCAGCUUGUCACACUGGUUUCUGCGUCACAACCUACAACCUUGUAGUAAAUUACUCGUCACCAAAAUCAUAAGUCUUUUGCCGGACUUGAAUACUCAACAAGGUUUACGCCGAAAAAUGUACUUUCGGUUCGUUGCAUCUACUUUCUCCCUGCUCCUCGAUUCAAACAGCGUAUCUCAAGAUGUGAUAUCCACAAUCAGUGCUGUGAUUUUUCAUCUCAAAGCACCAACGUGCUCGAUGAAGGGCGUCAUGCUUCGUUUUCUGAAGACGGUCGUGCAGCUCCUGAUACCAACGCCAACACUCGAUUGUCCCCAUUUUCUGCAACUUUGCUUCGUUAACUGCAGUAAUGUGAUCAAGGAACAGGCUUGGGAAAGCGAUGUGUAUGAACCAUUCAUACUUCUCAGCGAUGUAAUUUACGAAUCUGUGCGGGGCUUCAUCACCCCGGAGCUUUUGUCGGGAGUGGACACAGAAGCAUUCAAGUUUAACAAAUUUCUCCAGUGUUUGCGUGUUGUGACAAGCGUGGUGAAGCUCCCCUCAGGAAGAUUGAACUUCCGUGCUGCGUGCGCCUUUGCAGUUCUUCGCAGCAUUAUGGAAGUUCUCGCGCGAGACAUGGUGACUGUGCAGAAGAAGGAACCUAGAAUUUUCCAUCCUGGCCUGGCUCCUGCCGCCUCCGAAGUCUUGGGUGAAUUUUUCGCUAAGUGUCAUGUUAAUGUUAUAUCCAUGAAGCAGUACUUGAUGAAAGUACUUUAUCACCACUGCGGUCUCUCGCUACAAAUGAUGAGUCACUUGGCGUGUGAAUGCCAAACGAAUGAGCAUCUCAAACUCUACUCGCAUAUUCUUGAUCGGGAAAUGCUGAAGGAAGUGGAUAAUCCACUAGGGUUUAAUCCAUUUAUGUCCAUAUUCUCCAACUAUGGUGAGAACGACGUGCUACUUUGGAAAACCGUUUACAGUGAAGGUGAGAAUCAGGAGAAGAUGAAGUUGCAGAUACAUAAUUUGCACCCAACUGAGCAAAGUGCAUUUGCAAGCGCGAUUGCAAGCAAGAUUUUUCUUGUCCAGGCUUCACGUGAGCUUAAUGAUGCAGAAUUGGCCGUUGUGAAUUGGCUCCAACAGAAAGCAACUCUGCAGCGCUGGAACGAGAAGUGGAAAGAUGCCAUCCGUUUUCUCAUUGACACAAACCCUCUUAGCCUCGGUGGUAACACGACCACCGCAGAAUCAUUGCAAUCCAAAGCACUCGCAGCUCACAUAUUUCUGGUAGUGACGUCGUUUCCAUCCAACUCUCCACUUCAGGGGUACAUGACUUUAAAUGAAAAGCACAUGGUUAAAGACUUCGUCUUAGCCACACCAAAUAACGUAUUUUCUUCGUUUAUUGGAGCGAUCUCGACCGCUGGAACCUACAAACAUAUCUGUGGCUAUAUAUACGAGGUCGGUGAAUGUACACUGCCGAUGCAAUCUGCUAAAUGCCCCCAGUGUGGUGGUACGAUUGGCGGAUCGAGCCAUACGCCAGUACGGGGCAACAUGAAGCAUGCGAUCGACAUUGGCACCAUGAACACAGGUUAUUUACCAGAUCACGAUGCAAGGUCCCAUCCGUACCACACAGUUCGGAGACUUGAGAUGAAGUCUUAUCGCACCCUUCGAAUCGUCGUAAAUUACUGCCUCUUGCUAGGUUUGUACAUGGGACGGAAUGCGAGCAAGUUGGCAGCAGCACUUAGCGUGGCCGAGUCAUCUGUGCUCAAAGAGAUGGAAAAAAUGAUAGAAGAAGACCUGGCGAUGCUUGGCAAGCUUCUAAAUUGCAAUCAUGGAGUGACAUGUCAAUUCAUGCAUAGUGUUGUGGCAUCUAUGGCGCUUUCAGUUGAUAUAUCACAUGAAAGUUUAUCAACUCCAGAGAAACGAAAUUUAUGGGAAACGAAAUUUGAUCGUAUAGUGAAAACGCUGUUAGUAGACAAUGCGCAUCAGGCAGCAGCGGAGUAUGUUGGAAAACAUCGGGGUAAGCAUGAAUUGGCAGAACUGUUAGAAGAGCGCCGUGUUCCUCCGCUUCCAGUUGCAACAACUUAUUUUGCGCGAACCAUUACCCUGCCGGAUUUGAAGAACUUCGAGGCGAUGUACUUGCAAGAUGAAGCAAGACAAAUAAAAUAUCCCAUCAUUCAACGAUUCUUCGCCCACAUGAGUAGAUUGAGCGAAAUGAAGCAACUCCUGGGUCUUCUGCCUUUCACCAAAGCUGUCAAUGAGCAACUUUGGUCCAAAAUUACCCGUCCUGAGGCAUCAUCUAUCUCUAUUGGCCAAUAUUUAUCUGGUCUCGGUGACAAUGACCAGCAUAUUCGGAAGUAUUUUCCGGAAUUUGCAAGAGCGUGGAAUGUGAUGCGAUUCAAAGUAGAAGCAUUCGAGUGCACGCAAUUUAAGCAAGGCAUUCCUGUCAUGAAUUUGGAUUCUAGUGUUGGCUUCUGUUUGGUGGAGCCGCGGGAUCUCGGAAUAUACCUGGCAGCAAUCCUGGAUUACCUUAGAGCGAUACAAAAUAGGUUCCUGGAUGAAGUCAUGGCAUUGGUUCUGCCCAACCAGGCAAUCACUGAUGAGAGCAGUCAUCGUUCUCUGCGAGUUCAGAUGUGUAAGGCAGAGGAGGUUGUCUUUUAUGACGAGCAUUGGCUACAGAGCAUUGUAUGUCAGACAGCAAUGGCCAACCUUCAGUACAGCCGAGGCCAAAAUCCUAUCUAUGACUAUCACUCCAUCGCGGAAAAGCUACAACAUCAGCUUGUAGAUCAGAAACCACGUCUUGAGGCAUGGGAGCCGUUCGUAUACAAGUUCGAGGCGUUCCACAAGCACAUGACAAUUCUAUCGGAUGUCGGGAAUCUUAUACCGCAGAUUGUACUCGGACCCGAGAUUCUCCUCCAAAUACAGAAUGAGAUUGAGCAUGACGGCGUGGGGGCAGGACAAUGCUUAGUAAUACUCGACGUUUGCCUCGGUUUUCUUCGACGAACAGGGGGUGAUCCUGUUGAAAAGCUCGAGAGCUAUUGCCGGCGGUGGCUUGGGGACCAAGCUUUUCAUCUCAUUCAAAUGCAUACACUUAAAAUGGUUGAGCUCCAACAUGUUGUAAGCUUGUACGAAGGUUUAGAGGACCUCGCUGGUGUUGAUAUUCAAGCUCUAGUCAACCUCCGUUAUCGGACACCCCUAUCACCGGACUUAGAGGAAGAGCUGAACUCAUCUGUGGAGUUGAAAAGAUCGUGGCUACAUCCUACACAAUCUUCAGAUGCAGAGGAACCCAAAAUCUCUGCAGAACUGUUCUUCGGCAUUCUCAGGCGCUUCAUGCUUCGCCACUUGAUUGGCGAUCAGCUGAAUCCGGACGUCCCUCUUUCAAUAUAUAUCACUGAUCCUAGACUGAUGAAGUGGCCUGAGGUUGACGUGGAUGUUGUGGAUGACGUCUUCCCACCUAGCCUUCUUGUGAAGCACUCACACGCUACAUUCUUGUACCUCUCCAAGAUGGUGAAUGUAAGAAACGCCACAUGACAGCUUAAAACUUUGCCUUGGACCCAUCUGCUGCUGGAGCCUUGCUGAAGAAGGUGGUUUGAUUCCAUAACUCAAAGGUACCCAGUUUUGUACAGUGCAGGUUUGGAAGGAUCAUUACACGAAGCUCGGAGGGGUCUCUUGGGAGCCCACAUGUACACUACCACAGCCGGUUCUCCUGUAAAUGAUUCAUGUUUACUGACAGCUUCAAUUUGUUACAUUAAAACACUAGUCCUGACAGUUGAAAAUACUAUUGAUUGAGCCUUCAUUGUCCCCUCCAUUGCUGGCAUUAGAAUGACAAAAUUAGUUUGCAGUAACUUGGUUCAGACACCAGAAAAGCACACUUCAUUUUAUGUCCUUGUGUGGAGAAGUGCAGAUUUGAAUAAAGGUCUUGAGAAUGAACCUAUAGUCAAUGCU